CGCACCUUAUCCGGAAAUCCCCAGGUUUGUGUUUUGGCGUGUUUGAGACGAUGGGACCUGAAAAUGACGCGUCACCUGCAGCGGGUCUGCAAUCGGCUGUGAAACAGGUUCAGCUCGAAGGCCUGGUAGUGCUGAAGAUCAUUAAACACUACCAGGAGGAGGGACAAGGCAGUGAGGUGGUGCAGGGAGUGCUGCUGGGACUGGUGGUGGAUGACCGGCUGGAGAUCACCAACUGCUUCCCCUUUCCUCAACACACCGAGGACGAUGCUGACUUUGAUGAGGUUCAGUAUCAGAUGGAGAUGAUGAGAAGUCUUCGUCAUGUCAACAUCGACCAUCUGCACGUGGGUUGGUACCAGUCCACCUUCUUCGGCUCUUUCAUGAGCCGAGCCCUGCUGGACUCUCAGUUCAGCUACCAGCACGCCAUCGAGGAGUCUGUGGUGCUAAUCUAUGAUCCCAUUAAGACAGCUCAGGGCUCCCUGUCCCUCAAGGCCUACAGGCUGACUCCUAAACUCAUGGAGAUUUGCAGAGAGAAAGACUUCUCCUCAGAAAGCUUGAAGAAGGCCAAUGUGGGCUAUGAGAAAAUGUUUGAGGAAGUUCCUAUCGUUAUCAAGAACUCUCACCUCGUCAACGUGCUGCUGUGUGAUCUGGAGGACAAGACGACAGAAGUGGAAAAGCAUGAGCUGCUUAACCUCUCUAGCAGCUCUCAUCUCGAGAAAAGCUUGCAGAUGCUGAUGGACCGAGUGGACGACAUGUGCCAAGACAUCAGCAAGUACAACAACUACAGCCGCAGCCUGAGCAAACAGCAGCAGCAGAAACACCAGUACAUCCAGAGGCGUCAGCAGGAGAACGCUCAGAGGCAGAGUCGAGGCGAGCCUCCUCUUCCUGAAGAAGACCUCACCAAGCUGUUCAAGCCUCCACAGCCUCCUCCACGAAUGGAUUCCCUGCUCAUAGCCGGCCAAAUCAACACAUAUUGCCAGACGGUGAAGGAGUUUACUUCUCAGAACCUGGGUAAGCUUUUCAUGGCCGAGGCUCUCCAGGGCCAUGGCAGCUAGAGGACAGCAGACGCGAUGGUUCUCCCGAGGCGAGUCCUGUUAUUGGUUACGAGUAAAUCUCCUCAAAGUCACUAAUAGAACAAAUGGAAGAAGAGUGGACAAAAGACCAAGGGUCCCUUUGCAGAACAUGUACCUACUAUAAACUUUUACAUGAAUAAUUGUAAUUGUUCAUGUAUAUAAAUUGUUAGAACUGACAGUUGUGCAUAGCUAUGCAUUUUUUAAUCAUAUAGCACAUACUGGAAACUGGAAAAAAAAGUUUCUCUCUUUAAGUUUUGUAAAAGGAGAUUUAACUAAAUUUGAUAAUGGAUUGUGCCUAAUUUUAACUGGAUGACUGUGUGAUAUUUAUGGUUUUGUUCUCAAAAUGUUUGCUGUCUUGUUUGGGAGCUAAAAGCCAAGUGUGACUAAUGGGGGCAACUAAUGGAAUCUCACCCAAAAUCUUCAUAAAUAUCUGUGUAUAAACACACAACGUUCUUCAGCAGACACACAUGCUUGCUGAUGUGGUUUAGGAAACUGACUCAGUAAUGUAUGAAAAUAAAAUGUAUGUAUCUGAAUGCUGUAAUUUGUCGGUGCAGCUGGUUUUUGCCCUUGCUACACCUCAUAGAUUCACCUCCUAAAGCCUGCAAGUUCUGCAAUCCUACAUUCUAAUACAUACUCUAUGAUAAAAUGUUGUUUGUUCGUUUAUUUUUGUUUGUUUUUACUGAACUAUUUCCUCAACCUUCCCUGUUGCUGUAGUUUCUUUCUCUUUCACACAUUUCCCUGAAGAGUUAACUUCAUUUCUCCCUUUUUUUUUUAACCAGAACACAUUUCAGCCACUAUUUCCAUUACAUGAACCGUCUGGAGGAAACUUUUGCAUUUGUCCAUCUAUGAUGUUCCUGCUCUAACUUGUUUGGUUUGACUUCACACACUGUUUACAAUAACCUCAUAUCCUGUCCUGUCAAAAAAAGUCCAGACCUGCA